AUGGGCCCCUGUACUGCCUCCUCAUGCUGCUGCCAGGCCCGUAAUCUGCCAUGGGCCCCCGUACCGCCUCCUCAUGCUGCUGCCAGGCCCGUAAUCUGCCAUGGGCCCCCGUACCGCCUCCUCAUGCUGCUGCCAGGUCCAGAGUGUCUCAUGGGUCCCUGUACGGCUCCCAUUGCUGCUGUCUCCAUCGCCACACUCUGCCAUGUGCCACUUUCAGGUCUCCUCACACUGCUGGUGGGUUCCAUUUUGUCAUAGGGUGCUGUAUGGCCUCCCAUUGCUGCUGCCUCCACCGCCACACUGUGGCUCCACACUCUGGUUUUGGCCCCGUGACUGCCCAAAUGAGUGAAGUGUGCGGUGAUUCUAAGAUCGACGGCACUCAUCUGCAUGUCAUACUGACUGACAGUAUUAUUUCUCUUCCCCAGCAGACUCCAAGGGCAUUUAAAUUAAAGGUACAGUGUUCUGCACUAAUAUAA